AUGGGCCUGCUUCAUCGCAACCAUCGCAAAGAUCCACCUCCACCCUAUACGGCCCGAGCUGAUGGCGCCAGCAAUCCCCACCAAGCAGCCAACCCAAACCCCCAGGCUGAUCUGCGUCCUGUUGGUGAUCCGACGACCGACGGCAGAAAACCCACCAAGUCGCCCGCACCUACGUCUCCCACCAGCCUUGCACCUCCUUAUGAUGACCCAUCGGCCCCGGGGCCCUCCCCGCCAUCUCCCUUUGGCGACGCCAGCCGUUAUGCAGGCCCGCCGCAGCCGUCGGGGGUCAUGGGCAACGUGGCGCGCCAAUUCCCGCCCUUGUUCGCCCUCUACUCCAGCGGCAGGUCGCUGAGCCGCAGCUACGUGAUAGGCGCGCACCAGAACGAGCCGCUCUACGCCGUCGAGCUCCACACGGGCCUGUCUAGCAGCCCUCCCCUGGUGCUGCACAACGGCCCUCACGCGUCGUGCCCCAUGCUGGCGAGCGUCGAGUUCCACACCUUCAGCAGCUCGGUGGACAUGACGGUCCCGCCCCUGCCCGGCAUGUCCGGCUCGCCCGAGAUCAAGCUCCAGAGCACCGGGUCGUUCCGCAGGUCGUACGUGUUCACCGUCGAGGUCGGGCUGGGUGGGCAGAUGCGCCCCGAGAUGUUUGAAUGGCGGCACUCAUACGGGGCCGCCAUCGAGGCGCUGGACGGCGACUUUGACGGCUACAAACUCGUGCGCCUGGAGCGCGGCCCUCCUCCUGGCAUGCCAGCCGGGGCGCGCUACGACCCGGGCCAGUUCGCCGCCGGCGACGGGCUCGAGGUGGUUGCCGCCUGGACCGACGCUCGCCUCAGCUGGUCCAAGCAAGGCAAAUUCGCCUUCAUCGGCACCGGACAGUCGGGGCUGCUCGGGGAGCGCUGGGCGGUGACGGCCGUCCUGUCGGCGCUCGCCAUUUGGGAGAUACAGAGGAGGCGGAAGCGAAACAAUGCGGGCUAG